UGCACAGAUCCUAUCUGAUCCCCAAUCAGGAAGGACGUGCGUGUGAGGAGCUCCUGAGUUACAGAGCUUACCCCAGGCCCAGCAAGGGUCUGGGGGUGCAGUUUACACUUUCUUUUGGACUUUAUUAUUUACCUACAACUUGGAAAUGGAGAGAAGGAUGUCAGCUCGUGUUAAAAGUGGAACAAAGACUUUAGGUGUUGGGAAAAAAGUCCCAAAAGAAACCAUAAAGAAAGUCUUUUGCAAAAGCAAGAAAACUUGUGAAAACAUGUGAAGUGGUGUGUAAUGAAGAAAACAGUGAAGAAUUGAUGGAAGUAACACAGUCAGCAGAAGUGUCUGAACAAACAGCCAAUAUGGAGGAUUUGCCUGGUGCAAGCUCCCCAUGUGAAAUGCCCAUGGAGAAAGCAGUGGAUUCCAGCAGCCCCCAAAGUGUUUCAGAAGUGCGCAGAUGUGGUGCAAGUACCCUUUUGGAGUGUUCCCUCAGUAACGCAGAGGUGGGCGACAGUGAAGUAUCUGAGGCCCAGGCAGAAGGAGGGAGCUCCGGUGCUAGUGCUGAGGAAAAGGACAAGAUGGCGUCCGCAAGCAGCAGCAGUGAGGCUUCAGGUGAGACUCUGAGAACUGCAGCUCCAGCACAUUGUCACACCAACAACACUGAGACAAACACUGUGGAGAAAGUGACUAGCAGGGAGGCAAGAGUGAAGGAUAGUCCUGCUAAACAUAUGGCAGGGCUUGAGGCGCUGUGUGGCCAGCUUGCUGUGGCAGUGGCAGAGGGGGCGCUGGAUGGCACAGAGGAGACCAGGACUGGGGCACGGUACAGGAUCGGACAGCUGUAUACCAUCAGCAAACACAGUCACCAGGAAAGUGACCGAGGGGAGGGAGUGGAGGUGAUGGAGAACAGAGAACAUCAUGAUCCGGUACAUGGCUCGGGACAGUACACAGAGAAACGGGUCCAUCUAUCCAGCAAAUUGCCGAGCUGGGCACGAGCCGUCGUCCCACGGAUCUUCUAUAUCUGCGAGAAAGCUUGGAAUUAUUACCCUUACACAGUGACAGAAUACACAUGUUCUUUUCUACCGAAAUUCUCCAUCCAUAUUGAGACGAGAUAUUCCGACGACUGUGGGGAUAAUGACAGUAUAUUUCAGCAGGACGACUCAGAAGACACGCAUGAAGUCUCCUUUGUAGACAUUGCGUUUGAUGAGAUCCCAGAGCGCUAUUACAAGAGUGUGGAGGAUCUGCGGCAUUUUGAGUCAAGUAGGACAGGACGAGGUCCCCUGAAAGAGGGAUGGAGGCAACAUGUACGGCCAGUCAUGUGCUCCUAUAAGCUUGUUAAUGUCAAAUUUGAAGUGUGGGGACUGCAAACCCGAGUGGAGCAUUUUGUACACAAGGUGAUCAGAGAUCUGUUGCUGGUUGGACACCGCCAGGCAUUCGCAUGGGUGGAUGAGUGGUAUGGGAUGACAAUGAUGGAAGUUCGGGAAUAUGAAAAGGAGACACAAGCGGCCACCAAUGAAAAGAUUGGCCCAGUUGCUCCCACCAUCACCAUUAGUGCAGAGGGGCACAGCCCAGCCAUCCGAAGUGCACCCUCCACCCCUGUGACAGGAGAUCCGCCGGAAUUCCUCAGCCUUCCUAAAGAACGGACCCGUAAAACCUCAGCCCCAGACACAUUGACUUUACCCGAACUGAGAGACAGAGCCAACGGCCCAUCCAGCCAUUCCGCUCCUUCCAACACAGACAGCUGAAAAUGGGGGACCAAUACAAUUUACAAUUGCACUUUUUUUUCUGCCUGUUCCAAAGGCACAGGAAAUGGUUCCCUAACGUGAAAAAUUAAAAAGUAACCCUCCCCAGACUCAAGGACAUUUCCAUGAGGAAGACCUGCAUCCACGGUAUACAGCAUGAAGCACAGUGAUGGACCCUGCUACAGCUUCCAUCUUGGAACAGAUGGACAAUGGGAUAAAAUUGACAAAUCUGCUGUCUAGGUGGUGGCAGGUUGUUGAGGUUUAUUUCCUACAGGCCUUUGGGUGCAGAGAACACACUGACACAGGAUUUAAUCAGGCCCCCUACAAGUUCAUUUCUCUAGGCCAGUAGUCCACAAACAGUAGCUCACAAGCUCACCAACCCCAGUUGCUCCCAGUGGACUCAGGUUCUUAUUUUUGAUCUCCUAACAUGGAGACAAGUUUUGGUUGCAUAAAAAUAAGGGGCACUGUCAAACUAAGCCUACUCUAGGCUGCCAGUCCACAUAGGGGCUACCAAAUAGCCAAUCACAGCCCUUAUUUGGCACCUCCUGGCACUUUUUUUCAUGCUUGUGCAGCUCCUCAAUUAUUUUUAUAUUUGCAUGUGGUUCAUGGAUAAAAUAGGUUGGGGACCCCUGUUCUAGGCCAUAGUGACCAUUUCUACAUCAUAAGGCCAAGUAACAAUGGCACAGUCAUCCUCUCAUCGGCCCCCUGUUCUCUAAACCUGUCCCUAGUCCCUAGGACUUGUAGAGAGAUUUAAACAAUUUGUUGAAGAACGCAGACUGAGUAAAUAGUAAAUAUUUCCAUAAAGAAAUAUAAUUGUCCAAGAAAUAGUCCUAUUUAAAGUCUUAGUUUGUAUAAUCAAAGGAGAACUGAAGCCUUAAAAAGAAUAAGGCUAGACGUGGUUUAUUUUAUAUACUAGAACAGCCUUGGGAUUUAUCAGCCCUAUAACAGUAAUGAUCCACUUUCACAGCAGUUCCCCAUUUUGGAUCUUGUUAGGAUUUUAGUGGCAGUGCACAUGCUCAGUGCGCUCUGGGCUGCUCUUGAGAAUCUAAGCAUAAAUCCAAUUAAAUAAAGUUUGCUCCACAUCUAGUAACCCAUAGCAACCAAACAGUUAUAUUGUACUGAUCUAGUGCAGUUAGCAAGCUUCCUUGGACACUAUAACCCUGCUAUGACAUAACUGGUGAUAUCAUCCUUGUGAACAAUGCCAGCCAAUCAUUGGGGUGCCCCCAUGGCCAUCUGACCAAUAGGGUUGCCAUCUGAUCAAUUGUGUUGCCAUCUGAUCCAUAGGGUUGUCACCCAGCUGGUAUUUCACCAGACUAGCAAGUAAAACAGCAGCCAUUAUUACAACAUUUUCUGUCAAUUUACUUGAUGGUAAAUUUGUAAUCUUCUCUUGUUCCUGCUUUCUUUGUCCCAUAAAUCCACCCCAAAUACAGCCGCUGAUGUCAUCACUCCGCUCACUGACAUUGCUCAUCCCAUGUGUCAUUGUUCCGCCCCUCCUGCAUCAUUGGUCAGAUUUACAUCCCAGGAACCAACAAAAAUAGACUUUGCAGGAUACUGUAUAUUCUAAAUAUUCACAUAAAAUUCCUCUGUUUUUAAGUAAAAUGUAUUUUUCUUCAGACCCUCAAAAAGACUUGGGUAUUGGCUUUUCUAUACUGAGAUCUUUUGGUAUCUGCAUGACGGUACAGGUAUGGGAUUUAUUAUUCGGAAACCCGUUAUCCAGAAAGCUCUGAAUUACGGAAAGGCUGUCUC